CACUGUUGUUAAACAUGGCGGCCGCCGUUGCUCCUAGUACGACAAAAGAUGUCACAUCAUAUUUGAGCCAAAAGCAAAACGUCCCGGAUAAAGAACUGGCCGCGGAAUGGGCACAACUUGAAGAACUUCAUAAUAAAAAGCUUUGGCAUCAGCUCACACUGAAAUUGGAAACCUUCGUAGAGAAUCCCGCCCUACAGAAAGGGGAUAAUCUUGUACAAUUGUACAACAAUUUUUUAUCAACUUUCGAAAAUAAGAUCAACCCAUUGUCGUUGGUUGAGAUUUUGGCACAUGUUAUACAGCAGUUCCAAGAUAAACAGGAGGCCAUCACCUUCUUGGAAAAAACAGAAUCGAAAAUAAAAAAUAAUAAUGAAGCGGUUGCUCUCUGCAAAGUUCUCAGCGGACAAAUUCUCCUUGAUAAGCUCAAUGAUCAGGAUAGAGCAAAGAAGGUCAUCGAAGACGUAGAAUUAAUGCUCGACAAUGCUGAUGGCAUCACGACUGUUCAUGGAAGAUUCUAUUUGUUGGCCAGCAGGCUGUACAGACUGCAAGGCAAACACGCAGAAUAUUACCGAACGGCCCUCAGGUAUCUUGGUUGCAUAGAAUUAAAUACCUUGAGCAAACAAGAGCAGGAACAACACGCAUUUUUCCUUGGCCUUGCUGCCCUAUUGGGAGAGGGCGUAUACAAUCUCGGUGAGCUUUUAGCUCAUCCUGUAUUAGAGUCUCUGAAAGGGACCCCGAACGGCUGGCUAGUUGAUUUGCUUCAAGCCUUCAAUGCCGGGAAUAUUGCGGCCUUAGAGAGAACCAAACCUCAAUGGAGUAAAGUGGCCGAUUUAGCUGCACAGGAAUUGAAACUUAGGCAGAAAAUUUCCCUCCUGUGUCUCAUGGAAAUGACAUUCAAACGGCAAGCGAAUAACCGACAGCUGACUUUUGCUGAAAUUUCCCAAGAAACGCGGUUGCCUAUCGGUGAAGUCGAGCUCCUUGUUAUGAAAGCUCUUGCACAAGGCUUAGUUCGCGGGGCCAUUGACCAGGUGGCUGCAACAGUAAAUAUGACUUGGGUACAACCACGAGUUUUGGAUCGUGUGCAGAUAGCAGGGAUGGUACAGCGAUUAGAGGGUUGGUGCAAGGACGUCAAUUCGAUGGAAAGUCUUCUCGAAAAUCGAGCAUCUGAGAUUCUUACUCUAUAAUGUUAUGUACCAGAACUUCACCGUAUUCAAUGGGAAGACACGCAAUAGCAAGGCUUAAAACUUGAUGAUAUAAUUGGUGACAUUACCGUCGAACUGAUGACAGUUCGGUUCAUUCAUUGGCCAUUGAUUCUAGUAACAAUUGUAAUAACGAAAUUCUUUCAUUACGUCUUCAAAUAUUCACGGCUGUCUGUGCGUAACAGAAGUCCAGUUUCAGAUAUCUCAAUAGUAACACUGCCAUCUGUUAUUUGUCAAAUCGAUGACAAGUUUGGUGCACCACUGAGAAACCCACUAAAUCUGCUAUUGAACACGGUAUAUCUGAUAAGUAAUGCUAAUAUAAUGUAAGUUGAUGCGAAUGCAAAGCUGCAAAUAUAGUGAUGCGGAGUGAUAAACGUAAUAAAAAUUUUCAACGUC